ACUGAUGUAUAUGAUAAAAGUAGGAAGCAGCAGAUUUAAUAAAAGUCUGUUAGGAUAAUAGGCAUCCUGUUGAGUUUACACGUAACGGAAGCGGCCAGAACACACUCUUUUUCUUUUCUCUGUCUUUCUCCACAUCUCUCUCUUUUUCAGCCUUGUUCCUUAUCUGGAUCUCCUGUGAGCCCAGAGAGGAAGGGGAGAUGGAAGCAGAGGAGGUUAUUGCCAAAGCCUUGAGAUGAGCUGAUAAGAGGGCUAGCUUAAUUACACACUGCUAACCUACACACAACUCAAAUGAGGAGGGGGAUUGUGUCUUUUCCAUGUGCCUUUGUGAAAUAGAGUGGGGCUGACAAAGGCACGCACAGCCCAACAUGUGCACACACUUAGAGAAAUUAAAAUGACCUUUCUUUUUAUUAUGAAGUAUAGUCGAUGUCCAUAGUUCUCUCUGUUAUAGAACAGGUCUAUUGAUUAUUUGAUUGUCAAGAUUCUUUUGUCGAUGUGUGACCCAUGCAGCAUAAAUCAAAAUGCGAGAAUGAUGUGCUUAAUACUGAUCCUGAGUCAUGCCAGCAUAUGCAGAGGAGUAAAACCAUGUUUUUGUUUUCAGUUACGCAAAUAGUUGUGAUGUUCUACACCGUCAAGGCUAUACCCAUGCAUGACACACUCAAGCUCUCAAUAGCACACCGCACCCACGGCAUGCCGUACCUACCCCUUCUUAAAUUAUUCUUCUCUGAAAAUGCAUGUAAGUAAACUCAAAGCACAUCUGUUUUUUCCUUUUAAAAACUGAUGUACUUAGUUGCAUUUGAUAAAGUCAAGUGGCUGAUCCUAAGAAAUCACAGGUACAUGGCAUGCACUGUAACCAUAAUGCACCCAAACAUUUGGUUGAAUAGAAGGAUGUGAAAGCAGCAGCAAUCUUUGGCCAAUUUUGAACUGAAAAAGCUGUGGAAUUUAACAUCAGACUCAAAGGUAUAAAGAUUGAAGGUUGAAUAUACAUUAUACAGGGCUUAAAAAGUAAUCGUAUGGUGGAUAAGUGCUUUUCCAAAUGCAGGAGAGUUAAAACAACAGCAGUGGUAUUGUAGAGUUCUGGAGCUCACACCUCAGAUGCUGCAUAUAUCUGCUGAUUUUCAAGGACCACGAUGAAGCUGUUUCGCUCUAACAUCACUACCAAAAUUGUCUUUAUAACAGCUGCUGUGCCCUCAUGUGCAUCAGGCUGCAUGUCUCAAAAUUGAUGUUGAUUACAUGUUGCGUAGCAGACACUGCUGUGCCGUCUCAGCUGUGCACGACUUUGGGGAAUUUUGACGUACUCAUGAUUCACUUCUCUCUCAUAUGCUGGAAGAACCUUUCUGUACAUUCACAGAUCUCGCUGCUGGAUGCAAAUGCUCUUUUCUUUUUAUCGAUUAGUUGAUGAUGUUUUUCAGCCCGUGGUCUUCAGAUCACUUUUGACAAGUACAGGUGCCAGCACAUACUCACUCCGUCUCUUGGCCCUGUUUCCUAUCUUCUUAACAGCACAGCUCUGGCCAAGUCGUUUGUCUACAUGUGCCUAGUAUGGCCUCCAUGCCUCACAAAGCCACAUGUCUUUCAUGUGCCAAACAGAGAGUAAGCAAAGGCACGAGGGCUUAUUUAAAGCUGGCCUGGUUCAGUUUUCUGUGGGUUAAAGCCACUUGAGAGGACAGUGUGAGUACACUGGCAUGGAGUGGAUCGCUGCCAAGGGCCUUACAGACCAUGAACUAACCAUGGUGUAUCCUGCUCAUGACACCAAAGGAAAAGCUGCAGCCACAGAUACACUUUUAAUGAAGAGGAGAGAAAAAGAAAGCAGCACAAAUGCCUUUGUGCUGUUUUUGUUUGUUUUUGGUUUGGUGGGAUUACUGUAUGAAGAACAUGCACCUCGUACUCCGUCUUUAAAACAUUUAUGUUUGGUUUGUCAGGACGGAUGAUGGGAAAGACACCCAGUAAACUUUUUCCACUGUAGCAAAGGAAUGUUUAGACAUUUAGAAGGCUUGUGUUUGAAUGGCUUGUGUUUGGAAAGGGGAAAACUUACUGCUAUUUCCAGGUAAUUUCAGGGGUUGUUCAUAGUAUCGUCACUGCAACCUGUCUGGUAUAUAAGAAUAAUUAUUUUAAAAAGAAGAAAUAAGAUAAAGAUAAAUACAUAUAAAACUAUUUGUAUUAUUAGUAUUAUAUACCUUUUUCUUGAUUUUUUUUCUUGAAUUGCUUCCCUGACUCAAGCUUGCAUUCGCCUCUAGUUUUGUAGUUAUAGUACAUCAUAAAGUGUUGCUAUGGAAAGUCUGUUUGACCACCCACUGGUCAAGCAUUGAAAAUUUCAGUGUUAGAGCGCAGGGCAUGGCACAGCAGCUGGUAGAGCAGACUGUUGUCAUUUCUGUCAGACCAGGACACCUUUGUGAUGCUUGUUUUCUCAGAAGCCAUCUGUUUGUGUCUGCUAGUGCUCACUGAGAGCUGUGCAGAGAAUUCCCUUUGCCCAGUGCUGUGUUUCUGUUUUUUUUUUAAGACAAGCAAGUUUCCUGCAUUCACAGUGAAUGUUGUUGAGACUGUGUCAGAAGUGACAGAAAAAUAUACCACUGUUGGGUAAGUAGGAUGCCCCUAUGUACCACUCCCACCCCUCACUUCUUGAUUGCUGUGUAAGUGACUCAGUCCAUCCAUCAUCUCCCACCAGCCAUCUGCUAGCCAGCCCAGAAUGGGUCAGAGGGGAUGUGUUGCCACAUGUCACCCUCAGCCUGCAGCAGCACGGAGGGAUGCUGAGUCCUCAUCGAUAUGGCUCAGCAUGUCUAGGCAGCAGGAGGGGUCACCCACAAAAAUACGUUUUCUAAGUAGUUUUUCAGGGUGUUAAAGAGGUCAUCCUUUACUUUGGAAAAAGUGGGAAAGAGAAAUCUUAAAUGCAUGUAUUCAUCCAUGUUAUAUCACUAGAGCAUAAUUCAGCUGCCACAGGCCAAGAGGUGGGGUACACCCUGGACAGGUCGUCUGUCUUUUGCAGGACUAACACAGAGAGACAGACGACCAUUCUCACUCACAUUCACACCUAUGGGCAAUUUAGAAUACUAAGUUAACCUAACCCCACAUGUAUUUGGAAGAAGAAUUAGCCAGAUGGAUGUGGAUUCAAGUCCACGACCUUCUUGCUGUGAGGCAAUAGUGCUAACCACCGCGCCACCGUGCUGUCCCACAAAAAGUCUUUAAUGUUAGAGAAAACUGGAGGAUGUAUUUGUCUUUAUUUAUUUUAAUACGAUCUAGAAGUCAUCAGAUUAAAAGCCCGUAGAAGGCAGCACAUUGCAGUGCAGAUAUGUGUUUUCUUAAGCAAAGCAUGGAGAGUUUCUUUAGUGAAGCUGCUCUGAGACCCACACUUGAAGUUUGUAUUUGUUUUAGUGACAUUGUAAGGUGUGAGGUCCCUUUGUGAAUGUGAAGCAGCACACUGCUGAUGACAUAAGAUGAUGGCUGGAUUUGGGAAGUAGCACAGCCCACCCCUGACACCUGAGACCAACCGUAUUUUUGUGUUUGUAUUUGAGUGUGUGUGUGUGUGUGUGUGUGCGUGCGUGCGCCUGCUGUAAAGUACAGCACCAGGUGUGCAUGAAGGUCACUAAAGAGUCCUGUCAUUAAAUGUGAGGAGCAAAGACAUCCAUCAUGUUUAUAUAAUCUGUCUUCGACACAGGGAGCAACGAUGUGCUUUGAAGCACCACGUACAGUAGGAAACUUCAGAAUCGGAUUUCUUUCUCAUUGCCUGAAUCAGCACCAUUUAUGUUCCCCUAGUACAACAGAAGACACGGCUUAAUUGAAGAACUGUUAUAUGCAGGUUGGGCCACUGAUAUUGUAGGUAACUUAUGUAGGGAAAGCCUGACAGUUAACGGUCUUUCACACUGGAGUUUUGGGUUUUUGUCUUGUUUGUCUUUUCCAAACACAGCAAUCCUCCCUAACACAGUUCUCAAGUAUUAAACAUAAAAGGUUCCGUUUCUAAGUUAGUUUUCUUUUGACAGUUUCUCCACUCGUAGCAGAAGAAGGAACUGAGUCAAGGUGUCUGACUCAGUGAAUGACAGACAGUGAGGGAGGGAGAGAGGCAGAAGGAGAGGAAGAUUAAAAGAGUGUCAGACUGUCUGAGACGUCACUAUGAAGCUGACUAAAACACGGUGAGAUAAGAGAGAACUACAUUUAUGGAGGAAUAAAGCAUGCCCCUUUCCUACAAGCAAGCCAGACAGACGUUGUCACAGAGAUGUGUGUGUGUGAGGGGGGGCACACAGCAUGACCACUUAUCUGUUCCAGUGCGCACGAAGUGCUCUUAUCUUUUGGUCUUUUUGAAGCUAAAGGAUCUUCAAAAUCUGAAGUUAUCUUCACCCAGAUAUUCGUGUUUAUCGACCUGGUGGCCCCACAUGGCGGGGUACAGCGGGCUCAGGGUGCCAGCCAGAAGCUACAGCCGCUUCUCCUGUGAAGCCUACAAAGUGAUUUACACGGACUGGGCCAACCACUACCUCGCCAAGUCAGGACACAAGCGUCUGAUCAAGGACCUGCAAACAGAUGUCACGGACGGAGUGCUGCUGGCUGAGAUCAUACAGGUCGUAGCCAAUGAGAAGAUUGGUGAUAUCAAUGGAUGUCCCAAGAGCCGUUCUCAGAUGAUUGAAAACAUAGAUGCCUGCCUCAGUUUCCUGGCAGCCAAAGGAGUCAACAUCCAGGGUCUGUCUGCAGAAGAGAUUCGGAAUGGCAAUCUGAAAGCCAUCCUUGGCCUCUUCUUCAGCUUGUCCCGCUACAAACAGCAGCAGCAGCAGGCCCAGCGGCAAAACUCCCAGCCCACCCUCCCACUUGCUGCCCAGUCCCAGAGCACACACCCUCCACUGAGUCAGCAGAUCAGCGCCCCGGCCCAGCUCAGCCACUCUCUGCAUGGGACUCCUGCCAUCACAUCCCAGAAAGCAGCGCAGGCCGAGAUGCAGUCCAGGGAUGGGUGUCAAAGUAAACUACUCAAGUUUUCCCUUGGUCAGAAAAAGACCUCUAGACUUCCUGGCCCCACAACAAGGGUGUCCACUGCUGGCAGUGACAUCCCACCGAGAGGGUCGGUCAGUGCUGCUGGGAACAGACGGAGCCAGGGCUUCAGUGACAAAACCAAAGCCAACUCACACCUGAACAAAGAUUCCUCAGAGGGCCUGACCUCACAACCUUUGGUGAUGACUGAGCUUGCUUCAUCAUCUGCAGUGUCUGUCAGCUCCUCCACCAGCAUCCCUGCCACUACCUCUACCCUGAUUCCUCCCUUGUCCUCAUCCUCCUCUUCCACAGCUAUUCCCCAGCCCAACAGCAAGCCCUGGAGGGGCAAGUCAGCAAGCUCCAAGCACACCUCUUCUAAUUCCUCCGCCUCGACGAGCCCCCCCUCAUCUGCCAUGCAGUCUGUCAAGCAGGAGAAGGACACUUCCUGUAAGACUGCUCUGACGAAUGAAGCUCCUCCUAAGGUGGUAACUCAAAAGUCAAUGCUGGAGAAGCUUAAACUCUUCAACAGUAAAGGAGGCUCCAAGUCGUCCUCCAUCUCUUCUUCCAAUGGGGUAGGGCCCCAGACUGAUAAUGCUGCACCAACCAGGCAGCUUGGAGCGGGGCAGGUGGAGAGAGCUGAGACAGGCUCCAACACCGACCCCUUAGAGGAGAAUGAUGGCAAUGUUCGGCCGGGACUCAACGGAACCAGCAAUGGGAAUUCUUGUGGAGCGGCCCCCUCUUCGGUUUCUACCACCGCAAGCAGCCCCAAAAUAGCUCUGAGGGGCAUUGCCCAGCGAACUUUCAGCAGAGCUUUGACUACCAAGAAAGGCUCAGUCAAAGGACUAGAAAAAGAUAAGGAAAAGGGGAAGGAGAAAGGGAAGGAGGUAGGGAAGCGCACCUCUGUCCCUGAUAAAACAGAGCUGAGGGGAGAGGAGCACAAGGAAGAAGUAGUACCUGUUGCUCUGGAUGCUGACACAAAUAAAAGAACCUCUAAAAUUGCCAGUUUCAUUCCCAAGGGAGGUAAAGUGGCCAAAAAAGAGAGUUCCACCCCUGCACAAAGCGGAAUACCAAAGCCAGGAGGCAAACCCACAGGAGCUGGUGGUAAAGCUUCUUCAGUGAAGGAAGCAGGGGAGAGGCCUCGGAGCAUGCGGUUAGGAGGGGGUCUCGCCAUGCACCGUGGCCCCCUGGACAGAGACGGGGACAGCAGACACUCCAGCUCUACCUCCAGCCUGGCCUCCACAGAAGGAAAGACCAGCACCGCCCCUGUGGCAGGUGGUGGCACUACGCAGAGCACAGCCAGCAACACGGUCAGCGUGCAGCUACCUCAGACGCAACAGCACCAUAGCCACCCCAACACAGCCACUGUUGCACCUUUCAUGUACAGAUCCCAAACAGACAGCGAGGGAACAGUGACUACUGAGACCGAUUCAGGAGGCAGAGGUGGAGACAUUUCCUUCACCAAGACCAGCCAGACAUCCAUCGAGGACCUUUCAGGUGAAGACCCAGAGACCAGGCGGUUGCGUACUGUCAAAAACAUAGCUGACCUGCGGCAAAACUUAGAGGAGACCAUGUCCAGCCUCCGAGGAACUCAGGUCUCACACAGCACCUUGGAAACCACCUUUGACAGCAGCAUUACCACAGAUAUCACCGGCGGUGGCGGCACAGGCAGUGGCAGCAGCAAUAGCGGAGGCGGUCGAAGCAUCCUCAGCCUUACAUCUUCCCGCCCCUCACUAUCCUCGUGGCGACUGGGCCAGUCUAGCCCUCGUCUUCAGGCGGGUGAUGCCCCCUCUAUGGGGAAUGGUUACGGUGGCCGUGUGGUUGGUGGCCAGGGAGGACGCUACCUUUACCCCGGGAACCUGCGGCGACAGCUGGCUGGCAGGGGAGGAGCCCUGUGCAGCGUGGACCUGGGAGACAGAGCCGGGGAAGACGUCGACCUUGAUGGAAUCCCAAUGGAAGUCACGGGAUACAUGAGCGAUGGAGAUGUGCUGAGCAAGAAUGCUGUGCGCACUGAUGAUGUGACCAGUGGCUACAUGACUGAUGGAGGUUUGGGAUUGUACACUCGGCGCCUUAACCGCCUUCCCGACAGCAUGGCUGCCGUUCGAGAGACGCUCCAUCGAAACACGUCAUCGGGACAGGGAGAUGCUGACAGUUGGGACGACAGCAGCUCUGUGAGCAGUGGCAUCAGUGACAACAUCGACACAGAUGACAUCAACACCAGCUCCUCCAUCUCCUCAUACGCCAACACCCCCGCAGCACAGCGCAAGGGCCUCAGUACACAGCCUGUAACGGAUGCAGAGAAGCACUCAGCCUCAACACCGGCACACCAGACUUGGUCUGGAGACGAGGUCAAGAGGUCAGACGGACGUUCAGACAGCGGGGUUAGGAUGGAAACAGGUUCCAGGUGGAGUCGUCGGAACCCCUCCGACAUUUCUGAUGAGUCAGACAAGGGUGGCUCAGGAAGAAAGACUCCCUCCGUGUCCCACACUGGCUCUUGGAGGAGAGGCAUGAGCACUCAGGUGGGGGUGACGUCACCCCGGACUAAAAGCACUAGUAGCACAGGCUCCACUGGUUCAGUGAGCCACAAGACCCACAGUUCAGGUAAGACAGAUGAUGUUAAGGUGUCAGAAAAAGGACGUCUCUCUCCUCGUUCCAACGGCCUUCAUCGCUCACCCUCGGAUGCUGGGCGCAGCAGUGGUGAUGAGGCCAAAAAACAGACGAUCCCCACCAGCCGCACACCGACAACACACACACUCACAAACACCGUCUCAGAGCCCCACACACAGACGCACGCACUGACCUCACGCACCCCAACCAGCACCUUUGGCUUCAAGAAGCAAGGCCAUGGGAUGGUAACAAUGGUUACCGCCAGUGGUGCCACCAUCACCAGCGGCUCGGCUACACUGGGGAAGAUGCCUAAAUCUGGGGCGCGCUCACUGUCCGGAGGGUUGAAGGCUGGCGGGCAGGAUGGAGGCACAGUGUUAGGACACCAUGAUGACGGUUUCCUCCCGAUGAGCGCCCGCUCCACCCUGCAGUACCGUAGCCUGCCGAGACCCAGCCGCUCCGGAGCAGCCGCCCGCAAUGGGAACCGCUCCUCCACCAGCAGCAUUGAAGCCGCUGUGCUUUCUGUCACCUCUCACGGGAAAAACUCAAUCAGCAUAGCCAAGGCCAACGGCUCAGCAAGCCUGCUGGCCAAUCAGACAGAUCGGGAAAAAGGUGUCUCUGAGAUUGACAACCUCAGGAGUGGGGUCGCGAUGCAGAGCGGAGGAGCAGCAACUGUUCCUCUGACAGGAAGACAGCAGGUUUCUUCACCUACAUUACGCAGAUUAUUUGGUGGAAAGCCCAGUAAACAGGCGCCAGUGACCACAGCUGAAAGCAUGAAGAACUCUACUGUUAUCUCCAACCCCCAUGCUACCAUGAAUCACGUGGCUACAGUGCUGGAGUCUCCCGAUGGAGGACUAAGUUGCUUGGACAACGAAACCAGCAGUCAUCUGUUUGGAGGCCGGGCACUUGGAUCGGGGACAGGCACGCUGGGCAGUGAGCAGGCCUCCAGCCCUGGCUCUGUGUACUCCUCCACUGGACCCUCCAACAGCCUGACGUGGGGAACCACCCUGAGCAGCUCCUCUGUGCAGAGCAGGGAAAGCACCCUGGGUGGACACGGUGGAACUGGAAGCGUGGGUUUCCCUUCUGUCAGCAGCAUGCACACGAGCAGCGAGUCCAUCGACAUGAGCCUAGGCAGUGCCGGAGGUGGCGGCCACGGGACCCACAGGGAGGACACGCUGUCCGCUCUGGGUCGCACCGGCAGUGUCAAGACCGGCAUGUCUGAAAGUCCCCUCUCCUCCCCCUCUGCUAGCCCUAUAUUCAGCCGAAACACCCUACCUCGGAGGCAGGACAGCGGGCCACACUGUGGUAGAAACACUCUGCCUAAGAAGGGACUCAGGUAUGGUCCCUCACCACAGCUGCGAGGCCACGAGGAGGCCCGUGAUUGGCUGCGCUCCCACUCCACCAGUGGCCUACAGGACUCGGCCAGCAAUUCUCCGUUCUCUCCCGGCUCCAGCCUCACCUCCCCCUCUGGAACACGCUUCAACUUUGGACAACUCGCAUCAAGCCCGACCUCAUCAGCUCAGAUUAACCUUGGUGGUCUGCGCAACAACAGCCUGACCAAUCAGGAUGCACCUAUCGACCCUUGCUGUGACAACCGUCUGAGAAACUCCUGCAUGUCGCUUGACGAGAAGACACGCACCAUGAGCAGAUCGGGAUCCUUCAGGGAUGGCUUCGAAGAAGUCCACGGAUCAUCUCUGUCUCUGGUCUCCAGCACUUCUUCCAUUUACUCCACGAAUGAGGAAAAGUCUCAGUCGGAGAUUCGCAAGCUUCGGCGGGAGUUGGAUGCCUCCCAGGAAAAAGUUUCAGCCUUGACAACACAACUGAGUGCAAAUGCUCACCUGGUGGCAGCGUUUGAACAGUCUCUGGGCAACAUGACCAUAAGGCUGAAGAGUCUCACCUUGACGGCCGAGCAGAAGGACUCCGAGCUGAAUGAGUUGAGGAAGACCAUCGAGCUUCUGAAAAAGCAGAACGCUGUUGCUCAGGCUGCCAUCAAUGGAGUCAUUAACACACCUGAACUUACACCUAAAGGGGAUCGCACAGCUGGCAGUAAUGGCAGUCCACAGCAGCAGCAGCAGCAACAGAACCAGCAGCCAGAUCUGCGCAUCAAGAGACAGCACUCCUCCGACAGCGUCAGCAGUGUUGCCAGCGCGACCAGCCACUCGAGUGUGGGCUCCAACAUGGAUGCUGACGCUAAAAACAAAAAGAAGAACAAAAAGAACUGGUUGCGAAGUUCCUUCAAACAAGCAUUCAGCAAGAAGAAAUCUCCGAAGUCUGCCUCCUCUCACUCUGACAUCGAGGAGAUGACGGACUCUUCAUUGCCAUCCUCUCCCAAGCUGCCUCACAAUGGCACCUCGGCCACAGGCCACAUGCUCAGGAACACGCACUCCAACACACUAUUGUCGGAGUGUUUGGACAGCGAGGCUGAGACGGUGAUGCAGCUGCGCAGUGAGCUCAGAGAGAAGGAGAUGAAACUAACUGACAUCCGCCUGGAGGCUCUUAGCUCUGCACAUCAGCUUGAUCAACUCCGCGAGGCCAUGAACCGCAUGCAGGUGGAGAUUGAGAAGCUCAAGGCGGAGAAUGACCGUCUGAAGCUGGAGAACCAGGGCAGCAGGACGGGCUCCCAGGCCUCCAUCUCAUCUUCUCCUCCCCCUCAUACACACGGCCACACCCCAGGGCCUGCACCAGGGCUCUCCCAACAUGGCCUCAACCUCACGACCAGUGAGUCCACCAGCCUGGACAUGUUGCUGGAUGACACGGGCGGAGAAGGAGGGAGGAAGGAGGGGCGGCACGUGAGGAUUGUCGUUAGCUUGGAUGAAGACAGCAAGUGGGGAGAGGAGGCUCGACCUCGACAUUUUCUUAUUGGUUGCAUCGGUGUUAGUGGCAAAACUAAGUGGGAUGUCCUGGAUGGAGUAGUGCGACGCCUUUUCAAGGAGUACAUCACCCAUGUGGAUCCAGUGAGCCAGCUAGGCUUGAGCUCAGACAGCGUGCAGGGAUACAACAUUGGAGAAAUCCAUCGGCCCAGCAGCCCCAGUGCCGCCAACACGCCUGAGCUGCUGCCGUGCGGCUACUUGGUGGGAGACAACACUAUCAACAUCCAGCUCAAAGGUGCAGGAAGUGAAAACGUGGACUCGCUGGUGUUCGACACGCUCAUCCCAAAGCCGAUGCUGCAGCGCUACGUCUCCCUGCUGAAGGAGCACAGGCGCGUCAUCCUGUCAGGCCCCAGCGGUACAGGAAAGACCUACCUGGCCAAUCAGCUUUCGCGUCACCUGCUGCUGCUGGAGGGCCGACCGCUAACUCCAAAUGCUGUCGUCACUUUCAACGUGGAUCACAAGUCCAGCAAAGAGCUGCGUCAGUACUUAUCAGGUUUGGCCGAGCAGUGCAGCAGUGUUUCAGGGGCAGAGAGCCCUCUAGUGGUCAUCUUGGACAACCUCCACCAUGUCAGCUCCCUGGGAGAAAUCUUCAAUGGUCUGUUCAACUGCAACUACCAGCACAGCCCUUACAUUAUCGGCACCAUGAGCCAAGCCACUUCAUCUGCCCCCAACCUGCAGCUUCACCACAACUUCAGGUGGGUGCUGUGUGUCAACCACAUGGAGCCAGUGAAAGGUUUCCUUGGCCGCUACCUGAGAAGGAAGCUGAUCGAGAUGGAGAUCAGCAGCCGAACACGCAACGUAGAGCUGGUGAAGAUUAUCGACUGGGUCCCGCGGGUCUGGCACCACCUCAACCGCUUCCUGGAGACACACAGCUCCUCUGAUGUCACUAUUGGACCCCGUCUCUUCUUGUCAUGUCCCAUGGACGUGGAAGGCUCCAGGGUUUGGUUCACUGAUCUCUGGAAUUACUCCAUCAUCCCCUACAUGCUGGAGGCAGUGCGUGAGGGACUGCAGCUGUAUGGCCGCAGAGCUGCAUGGGAAGACCCAGCUGCCUGGGUGAUUGACACCUACCCGUGGUCAGCAACCCCCCCUCCAGGUGACUGGCCCCCGCUGCUGCAGCUCCGGCCAGAGGAUGUCGGGUUCGAUGGCUACUCAGCCUCGAGAGAAGGAGUCAGAAAAGAGCCGCCACAGAGUGACAGUGACGCAGACCCACUGAUGAACAUGCUGAUGCGUCUGAAGGAGGCAGCGACCUCGUCGAGCCCACAGAGCUACGACAGCGACUCCAACAGCAACAGCCACCAGGAUGACAUCCUGGACUCAUCGCUGGAGUCGACCUUGUGAUGCUAUCUGAAGGCAACACCGGCAUCACUUAAAAAAAAAAAAAAAAUUUCUUUUAAAUAAUAAGAACUGUUCGCAGUGUGAGAACUUCCUUUUGAGGGUUGAAUUUCAUGCCACAAAAUCCAGCCACCUUAAUUUGGGUGCAGGUAACCCAAAUACUUUAAAAAAGGAAAGAAAAAAAAAAGUGAAAUUGCAUUUCAGUAAACGGGCAACAGAAGUUUCUACUGCACUGCGCUGUUUGUCCUGUUUUUUGUGUUUUUUCCCUUCACCACUGUGGCCCGUGGCUCCUCUCUCUGGAGCCUGACAUGUAUUCCAGACAGACAGAAGAAAAGCACGCAGCCUGUUGCUGUUGGCGAGGCUUCAUCAUUACCAUCAUCACCAGCCAUCAGUGUACUUAAAACACCAGCCAGGAGUCCUCCAUCCUCCACAAGGCUGCAGCAUCGGUCCAAGGACAUCAGGCUAAGACACUACGGGUCCUGCCAAGCUGUAGUGUGCCAGAGCUGCCUGCAGAUGGUGAUACAGGUCCUCAGCUCUGGAGUGUGAGUGAACCCUGUACUUCAACCUUCUGAAAACAUAUAUGCUGCUGUGGGUUGAAUGGAUGGAGGAACAGCCAGCCACUUUCUUGCUCCUCCUCCUCUUCCAUUGCUGAAGUUGCCUGUGUGAUCACUGGAGGAUGAAUCGAGCCAAAGUGAAUGUUCAGUCUCAUAGCAUGCCUGGUCUCACUCCAACAGACUUCUCAGAGAGUUCAUUAGUUGUCCAUCCCAAACUAGCAAAGACAAAAAAAAAAAAAAGAGUCCAUCGAAGGACACGUGUCCAUUAAAACCAACUAAGCGAUGAGUUCCUACCUGCCAUAGCCGAGCGUGUUUGUGGACAUGAAGGAUGGGAACUGAUGGCUUUCUAUAUGGUACCAGAGAAGUAAGCAAAUACUGUAGCAAAGCUUUGUCUACACCGUGUUUUAAGAAAGAACCUUAUGAAGGCAAGCUUAGUUAGUUGAAUCAAAAGUUCUUAUCACAAAACCUACUUACACUUUGUUUUGGUAUUUUAUUAUAUUGCACUUUUUCUUUGAGGUCCACAGAGGUUAUAAUAUGGCAUUAUAGCUGAGAAAUUAUUAUUCCAGUAAAUCUAGAAGGAUAACAUGUAGGUUUUACUGGCUAAAGAGACAAAUAUAAACACUUACUUCCUGAGAAAAGGUUUUUGUUUCUUUUUUUUAAUCCACAGCAUCUGUAAAGUAACUUUUAAAAAACUGCACAGAUGAAAAUCUCUUUUACAGAAUCCCUUUAAAGUUCUCACAAAAAGAUUUUUAAAUGGAAAGGGCACUUAAUGGGAAGUUAUCAUCCACCACAGCUAGAUUUGUCCUUUUUGAGGCAUUCUUCUCCUUUAGCUGUGUUACAACUUCACCGUGCAAGUCUGUGAGCUCAUGCUUCAACCCCCUUAGUAAACAUUUGAGAUCUCCAUGCACAUUAGCCCCAAGCAGGCGGUUGUAGCACAGAACCCUUUUGGUGCUGGACUGAAUUCUAACAAACAAUGCCUUACUAUUUUCUACGUGCAUUAGCGGAUUCUUUAUUCCUCUAAAUGGCUGUAAACUUGACAGGGCUCUGAGUCGACUCUCACCUCGAGCGACUGCGGUUGUCGAGGAGUGAUGCUGACCUCUCAUCAUAUUAUUCACCAAUGCCGCAUGAUUGAAUACACAUGAAAGAGAAGUAGUGCUUUUGUAUGCAUGUGUGAACUGAGAAGAUGGUGUAAAUAUUUGGACCACUAUCAAGAAAAAGAUUCGGAUGUGUUGUGGUGCUCAAUACCCGAACUUAACUUAUUGGUGGUUGAUCGGGUGAGGGGAACUUUAAGAAAAAGUCUUUAAUUUUUUUUUUAUACCUCAUCCACAUCGUUGAACUGUGCUUCUGCCACACUUAUUGUCUGUUUUUAUGUGAUUUGUGAUGAACAAAACUGUCAUAACUACAUAUUGAGCUAAUUAUGGAAAACUAGUGCAUAUGCUGCUUUGUUUAUAUUAAUAUAAUUAAUCAGAGGUGAGAUAAAAGUACUUGUGGUUGAAUGAUAAUGAAAAGUGGUUUGCCAUUAUUUCAGUAGCUUAAAGAAUUACGAAUAUCAUACUUUUGUUUUAAGCCUCCCAGCCUGCCUUCUGGGAGGGGUGCUUAAAGCUGGGGUCAUGGAGUCCAGCGCGACUUUCCAUGUUUUUCUUACCUAUCCUAUGCAACAUUCAUUCUGAUCUCCAAAUGGAAGCCAAAAGCCGCAUGCGUGUUUGUUUUCAGCACUGCCUCGAGAUGUACAGCGUGGAACCAGAUAUGUGAAAACUUUACAGAUUUGUGGCCAACGUUCUUUGUCCAUUAAGUGUGUCUGUGUAUUUCAUAAGGCCUCUCCUGCUACUGUCCUCGUAAGCACAAAGAGACUUAAUUCUGUUUGCGUGUGUAAACCCACUCUGAGAGGUGUGGAUGUCUAUCAAACGUUUGACUCGUCUGUUGAUUUAUUACUCACAAACUCAAUGAAUGUUUAGCCUUCUUAGCAAUGUACUUUUUUUUUUUUA